AUGUCACCAACAGCUGAAACUUACAACUACUCUUCAGUGAGUCGGACACAUUCGAGCAGUAGUCAGAGGUUUGCUCAGCAAGCUAGCUCAGGCAGCUUCCAGACUGCUCCAAACAAUGUACCUGUGAAGGAGGAUAAUAGAAUGAGGAGCAAAAUGUCUGUAGAUUCUGUCAGGAUUCCUGGUGGUAAAGAGGACGAGGAAAAUGGUGUGGAUGAUGAUCAUUUGGACCUUGAUCCAGAACUUCGAGCACGAUUUUUCAAGAAGGAACCUUGUCUGUAUAGUCACCAGUGCUAUUUGAAGGCUGCAAAAGUGUUUUCUGCUCUUAAACAUGACAGUAAGGAUGUGAGAGAAAAUCCUUAUCUUAAACGAAGGAAUCAUGAUGCACUAAAAAGUAAAGUGCAGGACAUACCAGAACUAAAUUUCCAGGAUGAUGGAGAAAAGAGACUGUCUUUUGAGCUAGCCUUCAAAGCUUUAAAAUUUCAGAUGCUGUAUGAAGAAAUCUUGGAUGAUUGUGCCUUUUUUACGUUAUACCCAGAGCAUGUGGAGGAUAUGGGCUUGGUCAUGGUGGUCUUGUGUGAUUACCAGGGACGUAAGUUCCAGCUAAGGAGCCCUUCCCUCGCGGAGGAGCUUAACCCAGUAGCCCAACAAGUUGAGGAUGCUAUCUGUGACUGCAAGACCAAGCUCAAUGCCUGCUUUGCCAGACACAGGAUCAAGGCAUCAGCACCUUCAGUGGAACAUUUACUACCAGACUUAGUCAGGUCCAAAGAGGAAAUCCGCUCACAGAUGCCGAUGUAUCUGUGGGUCAAUCAGACCAAACUCAGUGUAUCAGAAGCAAUGGAGCUGUUUAAGGAUGAGGGCUUCACAUUGGUGGGUUCUGAUGAUUGUGUGGAGGGGCAGAAAUUCAGUGUAGAUUCCAUGUGCACAGAUGUGUUCCAGUUCCCCCCAGACAAACGUGAAUACCUCUUACAACAUGACCUUGUCAUGGCUGGCAAGGUUGUUCUGCAGGAUAAGUCCAGUAGUAUAGCUCCCCACUCGGUGAAAUACUUGCUAGGGGAGGACAGUGAUGUCAUACACGUCAAUGUCGGGUCAGGGAUGACCACUGCCCAUCUGGCCAGUCUCAUGCAGGCAGGCUCUGGCCAUGUUUGGGCUUUUGGUAAUCGGACAUCAGCAUCACAGUUCCAGCAGAACAUGGAAAAACUUGGCAUCAAAGGUGUGAAAAUGUUGACAGAACCGUUCCUCAGUGUUGAACCUGAUGACACACGAUUUAAAAAUGUCAAGGUUAUUCUAAUAACAGCUGACUGUAGUAAAUCUGGCAUCACAAACCCAAUCGAUUUCAUCGUUAACGAAGGUGAAGACAUGAAAAUCCUGAAAGAUCUGUCAGUAGGAGAGACAGACGAAAGUAAACUUGGAGAACUGGCUGGCCAGCACAAUGAACUUCUCAAACAUGCCAUGAAAUUUAACAAGGCACAAGCUGUGGUGUAUAUGACACGGUCCAUACAUGAGCUGGAGAAUGAGAAUGUAGUGAGCAAAUCUACAGAGUAUAUCAAUAUGCUGCAGAAGAGAUCAUUCCCAUACAGAGUUGUCCCCCCUGUCCUUCCUUUCACUGGAGAGGCAAUUGAGAAUAAGAUGGGAAUACAUGGAAAGCAUAUAAAGUUCUUUCCCACUGAGAAGACGAGCGGAUGUUUUGUAACUGUGAUAACAAGAGAGCCUGAAGAUGCUAAGGAAGCUGCCAAGGAUGUCCUUGCCAGAGCACAAGCGAAGGGUCUUCUGUCAGGCAAGAAACAGAAGGAACCAAAUUCCUCUAGUGAGCACCUCAAUGGUGAGGUCACAGAGGGCUUGACCAAUGGUGAUAUAGACAGUAAACUGCUGCAUAAACGCUCAAGGAAAAUGCAACGCCGUGUUCAGGUUCGAGGCACUGUGUCUGCACCUCAGUACAACAAGCUAUCUUCGUACUCUAAACCUCACGCCACCAGCCCCAUACACAGCUACAUAACCUCUACUUCCUCUGCUAAGCAGCGGUCGACCAGCAUUCCACAUACCACCACCCGUUCUGCCAUUUCUAUAGGAUCCCGUCUCUACCAUGCUACCACCAAGAAUUCCGGUUCGGAAUCGGUGAAGCGCAAUAAACCUAUAGUGGCAGAGCAUGUCAAGGUGGUCAAACACCCGGCACCUUUCAGGUGA